GACUGUGCAGGGAGGCUGGAGGUUUUUCACAGCGGCUCAUGGGGGACAGUGUGUGAUGACUCCUGGGAUAUUAAAGAUGCUCAAGUGGUGUGCAGAGAGCUGCAGUGUGGAGUGGCCCUCAGUAACCAGCAGGUACCAGCCUGGUUUGGUCCUGGUUCUGGACACAUAUGGCUGGAUGAGGUGGAGUGUGAGGGGAAUGAGACGUCCCUGUGGAGCUGCUCUUCUCCAGGCUGGGGAGAACAUGACUGUCAGCACAAGGAGGAUGUAGGAGUCAUGUGCUCAGAGUUUAAAGAGAUCAGGUUAACUGAGGGCUGUAAAGGGAAUGUAGAGGUUUUCUACAAUGGAUUCUGGGGUAAUGUGUGCUGGAACCAGAUGAACAGAGAUACAGCGAGUCUGAUCUGUCAAGAGCUGAACUGUGGAAGAUCUGGCAGUGAACCCAGUUAUUCAGAGGGACAGAAGCCUCAUAAUUGGCUUGAUAAUCUUAAAUGUAGACGACAUGACUCCACUUUAUGGCAGUGUCCAUCUUCACCCUGGGGAAAGAAUGACUGUGAUAAUGAAGUGGCCAAAAUCACCUGCUCUGAUUUGCUAGAUGUGUCAAUGUACAUUACUCCUGCCACAACAUCAUCAGCUUCUCCUUCAGUGCGCUCAACAUCAGUCUCUCCUCCACAAACUCCUCCACAAGAGUCUCUCCCAGUGCUAGGAGUUUUAUCUCUGAAGAACUGCAUUCUGGGUAUGAAGAUGCUGAUGAGUUUCUCUCAGGUCUGA